UUUCCUUCCCCUAUCGUCCACGCCAGAUUGCGUAUUAUGGGAUGUGCGGAAUUAAGCAGCCCGAGGAAGACGCGAGGUAGCGAAGAAGAGUACAAGGCCGCGGGGGAUUGCGAGCGAGCGGCUCAUCAUGGAGCUGUCUGCCGUCGGGGAGAGCGUCUUUGCUGCAGAGUCCAUCAUUAAGCGACGGAUCCGUCGGGGUCGUUGGGAAUAUCUGGUGAAAUGGAAGGGCUGGUCUCACAAGUACAGCACAUGGGAGCCAGAGGAGAACAUCUUGGAUGAGCGCCUCCUGGCAGCUUUUGAGGAGAGAGAACGUGAGAGAGAGCUUUUUGGGCCCAAAAAGCGAGGACCCAAGCCUGAGACGUUUCUCUUGAAGGCCAAAGCCAGAGAGAAAACGUACGAAUUUAGACGAGAUCCAGUCCGGCCCAUUGAGGUCUCCUAUCCGGUCCCGGAGCCCAUCAUAACACCGAGAGCCCGGGAGGGUCUGCGCACGGUGGUCCCCACCAUCUUCCCCCCGAGCGCAGUCAACCGAGGGGAGAGCGUCGCCGGCCAAGCCCUGGAACCAGAAAGAAGGGUCAGAUCGGCAGCCAGUUCUCACCAAGAACCAGGUCCCAAAAAGCGAGGACGCAAGCCCAAAUUGCGUCUGCAUUAUGAGCGGGGCGAGGAUGAAAGCCUGGAACCCGCCCCCAAAAUGUGCAGACGCUUCCCUCAGGACGGGGGAUCUUCCGACCCCAGCCUGGCCCAGCUGACCAGAAGGUUCCAGGAGAAGACCACCAUUACGCCCAGGUCCAGCAGUGAGCACAUGGGCGUGGCCUACACCCGUCCGGACCGAGGAGGCAGGACUCAUUACCUGGCGGUCCUGAAGCACAGUGACAAAAACGUGAGCCUGCCGAUAAUAACGGGAGAAGAACUCGGGGUGGUAUGCCCCCCCACGGCCCCAGGCUCCUCCUGGACCCCUCGUUUCACCAACAUGGACACGGUGACAGUCACAGACGUCACCAUGAACCUGCUCACCGUCACUGUCAGAGAGAACUACACCGACAAAGGUUUUUUUCGAGAGAAAAGAUGAGAGACUCAUAAGAGGUGUGUCAGAAAGGUUCCAAGACUAGUUUUUUCAAGACUAAUGGAACUAGCAUCGAUAUUUUAGUUGCAAACCUUUAAA